GCUACUACAACAAUUAGCUGCGGGUAAAUAAGUUCUCGAAAGAAUCAAAAAGUAUAUUUUCAAAGGUUUAAAGUUACUUUAAGAGGGGAUGACAACCGAAGGAAUGAGUCUCCAGGUCAUUCCGCUUGGUUCUGUCACCGUAGGCCCGAAGUCCUGGCGCGACAGUACGUUCCGCUCCAUCCGGUGGGCAGACCACCUGGUGCGGCAGACCCGAGCUGCACGACCCGCCACCUGCAGCCAGCCGCGGAGCUACAGCGCCUCAGCCGGUCACGCGGCGAAGUGCAGCGAAAUGCAUUCCAAAGAGAGAAACAAGAUGCCUAGAUCAUUAACUGCAACAUCAGCGCUCCCUAAAAGUUUCCAGAGAAUUCCAGAGGCGCCGUUCCCACCCUCCAGCUUGCGUGAGCAGUGUGCGGCAGCUAGCGUGGCGGUGGCAGGCGAGUACAUGCGCAUGGUGCGUGAUGUUGAGGUCCACCUGCGCAGACAGGCAGGCAGGGUGAACCAGGAGGCCAUCAUGCUGGAGAGGGAGAGAGGUCACCUGGAGAAGAUGCUCCACAGCCUCCAGGCCAGUCUGGAGGUUAACAGGAGGAGCUCUGAGGGGAGAACCAGGAGACCUGCCAACUCAGAGACGGAGAAAGACGGUGCUGACUACUUGCUGGCGUUUGAAAGGAGAGAGCUGACCCAGUUGAAACGGGAUCUGGAGGGAGCGCUAAGAGGUGCACAGAGCCAGCUUCAGGCCCUGGUUCAGAGCAGCAGACAGCUUCUGCAAUUUGCAGCAGAGCGGGCUCAAGUCCUGGAGCUCCUGCCUCCCAGUGGUUCUAACAGAGGAUGUGGGUCAGCUACGCAGUCUUUUGCCAACGCAGACCCCUUUAGCCCCGUUACACCAGAGUGCAAGCAAGUUUUACAGUCGUCCGCCUCUGCGCUCAACCAGUCUCGGCUGCUGCGGGCAAAGGUCAGAGAGAUGCUAACCGGCGCCAUCGCUAGGCAGAGAGAAUGCCACCGCAGCGUCAAUGACGGCUUGGUGAAGAAGAUUGCAGAGACAGUCACUCUGGAACAAAGCCUGACACUGACCACGGCCGCCACCAGGCAGGCGGCAUUCCGCAAGCAGAGGGAGGUCAACUGUAUCCGCCACAGCCACGGCAGAGCAAAGGGUCCAGAGAGCAGCAGUGACUUAUUGUCCAGAGAGAAGCUGAACAGACCUGUGGUGCAGGUGUACCACAGACACCCCGGGACCAAUUUACCUGAGGCUGCUCGUCUCAUACAGGGUAGCGCUGUUCUGCGGCGGUGUCUCGAGUCGUCCGAGGGCGAGCUGCUGCGGCUCCAGCGAGCCUGCCAGCGCCUGACGGAGCAGCUGCAUUGCAAGAGGGCGGCGGCACAGGUAGAUGCCGCCGUGGUCCGAAUGAGGCGCCAGCAGGUGGACAAGCGAGCCAUUCCUGUGAUCCUCCAGCAGUGGGCGCAAAGGAGACAACUGUCCUGUGUGCAAUAGAGGUGGAAUCAUUUCAAAACCUUAUGCAUAUAUAUUUCAAUUAAAUGCUUAGUUUUUAGUCCAAGAAAACCAAGUUAAUGUUAUUUUUAGAAGAUCAUCAGAUUUUUCUGUAAUUAAUCACUUUAUUGACUAAUGACAAUUAGAUGUAUGGAUGUCAAACUUUUUUGUCGACCAAAAGUUUUAGCUUAGUUUUCAUUAGAUGGGACUGAAGGUCACCUGAUGUCCCUCAUCACACUCAACGUCGUCCAUUUAGACGUAAUCUAAUAAACCUGCUUGACAACAGAACACCAUUUAUAUUCUGCUGUUCUGGAAAAAAACGCAUCACAUUUCUCUCCACGGACUCAACCAUUUUAUUUAAUUUUAAUUAUAGCUCAUGGUACAAAGUUGUCCUUUCCCGGUCGUCGUCUGUCCAGGCUGCUUCAUGCAUCACGGCUGCCUAAUUUCAUUUAAAAGUAAGGGAUUUGGAUCUAAAGGAGACAAGGACAAACGGAAGACAUUUGUGUCCAGCUCACAGCCUGUGGAAGACUUGAACAACUUUAGUCGGCUCUGAGAUGAAAACUUCUUCUUUUUGACAUUGACCUAGAAAGAAGUGUCUGAGAUGUUUCAGCUGGUUUCCCUGCUGCUUUUUCUUCCCUCACUUCCAAUUGUGGUUCCUCUCUUCUGUUACACCUGUGUCUUUCCCGCCAUUGCACCUUUGGAAUGCAUCAGGUUCCCUCUCAAGUGUCCUGCGGGGCAAGUCUGUUUGAUCAGCAGAGCUGUGGGACAGAAAGGACACUUCGAUGUGGUGAUGUACGAGAGGAGCUGCAUUCCGCUGUCCCUCUGUAGCGUCUCCGGCGAAAAGUACAUCACGGGGCUCAACUUUACCUUCACCAACGAGUGUUGCGACACGCACCUGUGCAACGACGCCGCAACACCCGUUGCCCUCUACUGGUUGGCCACACUCUUUGCGUCUUAUGCGUUAAAUUGAGCAAAGCGAAGAAAAAUAUUGCCCAAUAAAUGCUGGAUGUGUACUCUAA